CGUAGAUUUUGGAACAGAGAUAUUUUGGUUAAAAAAUAGAAUAUUAGAAUUUGUGAGUAUUCCCCCCAGGUAUUAUGUAUUUGUGUGUGUGUCUCCUGGUUCUUUACAGCUUUAUGCAAUCACAAUCAGAGGAUUUAAUGGUGGUUGGUCCAGAAUCUUCUCUUGUUGCUAUAGCUGGGGAAGACCUCAUCCUGCCCUGUUUUAUCAAACCCAAUACCAGUGCUGUGGACAUGACAGUGGAGUGGUUCAAACUAGAUGCAGGCUUCUCCAAAGUGCACUUUUAUGAUGAUCAUGAAGACAGAAAUGAAGAUCAAGCUCAGACUUACCAAGGAAGAACAUUACUGUUGAAAGAUGAGCUAAAGAAAGGCAACGCUUCACUCAAACUCUACGCUGUCCGAGUCUCUGAUGAAGGAGAAUAUAAGUGUCUCAUUGAGGACAAAUCCUGGUCUGAUGACGUUAUUGUUCGUGUCAUUGUUGAGGUUCGGGGAAGCCACCCAGUGAUCACGAUGGAGAGUUAUGAUAACUCAGGUGGGAUUAAUCUAGUGUGUGAGUCCAGAGGCUGGAAUCCUAAACCUGAGGUUCUGUGGUUGGACAGAGAAGGAGCUCCUCUGUCUGCUGAAGAGACACAGAUACACAAAGACACGGAGGGCUUCACUGUAAAACGCCGCAUUACUGUUCAUGAUUAUAGCGACUCCAACAAAUUUUACUGCAGACUUCAACAAAUUCAUCACAUGAUGGAGACAGAGGUCAUCAUUAAUGGUAAAGUCUUUGAUAAUUGGAAGCUAGCUGUUGCUAUUUCGGCUCUAGCAUGUCUUUUUACUACUGGAUGGAUAGUAACUGCUGUUAUUUCUCGAAAGAAAGCACUGCAGCGACGGAGGGUGGAAGAUGAGUUAGCAGCAAUGGGGAAAUUUGCAGAGCCACAGAGACAGAAGGUGAAAGAAGAGUUAGCAGAGUUGAAGAGCUAUGCAGUGGAUGUGACUCUGGACCCUGAUACAGCUCAUCCACGACUGAGAGUGUCGGAGGAUGAAAAACAAGUGACAUGUGAAGACUCACCACAGGAUCGCCAUGAUACCACACAGAGGUUUAAUAAAUGUGUUAUUGUUGUGGGAAAGAGGAGUUAUUCAAGAACAUUUUAUUAUGAGGUACAGGUAAGCAGGAAAACUCAGUGGAUAUUAGGAGUCAUGAGAGAAGACAUUAACAGGCAGGGGGACAUUACUGUAACUCCGCAGAAUGGAUUCUGGACUGUUGAAAUGAGGAAAGAGAAUGAGUACAGGGCUAAUGCUGGUCGUGAUAUUCGUCUCACCCUGAUAGAGAGACCAGUGAAGGUGGGGGUAUAUGUCAAUUAUGAGCGUGGUCUAGUCUCCUUUUACGACGUGGAGGCCAACUCUCAUAUCUACUCUUUCUCUGAUCAGUCUUUCACUAAGGAACUCUUUCCAUGCUUCAGUGCUGGUUUAAAUGAAGGAGGAAAAGAUUCAGCACCGCUGAUUAUUACAGUUGUUAAUGACUAAAUAUGUUUUAUAUUUUACCCAUUUUUUAAAUCAGGCUAUAAUAUUAACGUUUCAGUCAAGCACCACAGCCAGUUAGCCUACCAACUCCACACAUACAGACCCAAGGCGGGACUCAAACCCAUCACCAUGGAGUUGUAAGGACACAAUGAUAAACACUACAUGGCUGUACUGCCAUAAAACUUGCAUUUGGGUCAUUGACGGAUAAGACUUUUUAAUAGGCCAAUUUUAAAAUACCAAAAAUAUGGAUAUGUUUUGCCAUUUUCUAAACAUUUGGAAUGUAGCGUACACAUGCCUUUAUAAAGAAAAGUAAACAAAUUGACAUUUUAAUGUUUUUACACUUAUUUUAUAAUACAUAGCCUUAAAAAACUAAUCUGGGGUGACCGUAAUACAUCUUAAAAUUCCCAUUUUUAUGUAUCAUUAAGACUAGUUGAACUCAUAUCAGUAAAUAGAUACUGUAAACUGAUGAAGAAAGAUAAACUUUAGUGCCCUUUCAUUUUAUGAUAACCAUUAUUUCACAAGUUUAUUCUAUAAUAUCAGAGUCUCCCUCAUUACCCAGUUACAAUACUGAUUUUUACCACAAAAGCAAAAAAACUGAAUUAGCAUUUAUACAGAUAUUACACAUUCAACAAUAGCAUACCACUGAUUAAUAUUUGAGGCUAAACUGAUGGAUAUUUGGUUAUGAAUUUAGUGUAAUUAUUGCCAUUUGUUGGUUACCCCACAUGACAUAUGGUCGCCCCAAAUGAUAAGAAAACCACAGGUAUAAAAAUUUUAGUUAAA